GCCGCGCUGCGCAAGCGCCUGUGGCGGGAGGUAACGAAGCUGGUGGAGGAGAUCGUGCGCGACCGCCUGCGCCCGGCCUUCCUGCGCCGCCGCCUCUCCGACAUCGUCCCCAAUGCCCGCGACCGCCGCCGCCUCAAGCAGUACGAGGAGCAGGCGAAGGAGUCGGCGGACCACUUCGUCGACCUGGUGCUGUUCGUGACGAUCCGCGGCGGCUUCGUGGCCACUGACGGCUACGCCGAGGGGCUGACGUCCGCGCACCGCAGCGGCGACGCCUUCUUCUGGCACGACGCCAACGGCAGCGGCUUCAGCAUCUGGGGCGGCAUCGCCUUCGACGACCUCUCCCUGACGUACAGGCACUACGAGGCUCAAGUGAUGGGCUUGGGGCCGUCGGGGUCACUGUCGGCCGAGGUGUACCCCCUGGCCCUAAACGUGCACCUGCGCAUCGACUUCGACGCCGACAAGGCCUACCUCGAAGAGUUCCGCAUCAACGAAGCAGGGGACAUGCAGGUGGAGGUGACGGGGCUGGGCUUCGUGCUCAACUGGCUGGCGUCGCACAUCGCGUCCUGGCUGCUGGGUGCGUACCGCGACCGCGUCGUGGACGAGUUGGAGUCGCGCUACGCCACCUACUUCGCCAACAUCCUGGAGAGCGUGUCGCUCGACGAGCUCGUCAACAGCCAGACGCUGUAC